AUGUAUUGGGAAUCUGUGUACGGACAACCAAUACACACUUAUGCCGUGCCAUCAGUCCCUAAGGGUCCGGACGGGGAAUUGGAGCGCAUGACAGACGAAGAGUAUGCCGAAUAUGUACGAGCUCGAAUGUGGGAACGUUCGCAUGAGGGGAUAAUGCAUGAGAGAGAACGCCAGAGACAGGAGAAAGCCAAGGCGAAGAAACGCGCCGAAACCGAGCAGCAAGAACGUUCUCGAUUUGAUGAAGCGCUUGAAGAGAGUCUGCGGAGGGGCGAGAAACGGAGACGCGCAAAGCAGUGGAAAGCGGCGUGGGAAAAGUAUCUAAAGAGUUGGGAAGAGCUAGCUGAUUUGGCCAAAACGCCCCUUUCUUCUGAUACCGAGAAGCCAUUCUAUAUUCGGAACUAUAUCUACUGGCCCGUUGAAUCUGGCAAACGGCGAGAUAUCUCGCGCGAUGAAAUCAGGGAUUUCAUGCAACACUCACCCUCCGAGAGCUUCUCGAACACGCUAAAAGUGGAGCGUAUUCGCUGGCAUCCGGAUAAGAUGCUUCAUCGAUACGGCGGGUUGGGUCUGGGGGAAGAGAAGACCCUAGUGCAGAGCGUUACGGAAGUAUUUCAGAUUCUGGAUGAUUUGUGGAUUGAGGCAAAGGGGCGUCAUACCAGUUAA